AUGGCCCUUGUUUCUGGCUCCUCAUACGGUUCCGGAAGAGUUGCAACAGCUUCCUUUGUACCGAUCAGUUUUGGACUCUCGGGUUCAGAAUGCGCUGCACGAUCAAUCUUCUGGGGGCUAAACAUACAGGGAGAUGUAAUGGGAUAUAUUGAUUGGGACGAUCUCGGUCAAUCUCAAGCAGACCCUCGCCUGUCAGUCCAAGUCAAUCCGACAGGGGAUAUGUUCCUGGGCAUAUUGCUAGUGACCUUGGUGGCUCAGGGUCUCGUUCGUACACGUGUAUUAUCGGAGAUCUUCGUCUUUGGUUCCACAAAUGGUAAGGGGUACGGCAAAAAAUCAAUUGUGAUAUCCCCUUCUGAUUGA